AUAAUGCCCUAUAUUAUAUUUCUGAGCCCUCUCCAAAAUGGCUGCGGAACUGUAGGAGGUGUACUGUAGGCUCUGGGUCCCAAACCAACGGAACUGAACAAUUUUAAAGUAUGACAGUCCUCAAGUUAAAGUUCUCCUUCCAGAGGAGAGUGCGUUUGGCCCAGGCCCUCUGGCUCCUGUCAUGGGUGGCCAUGUUCUCUGGAGUCAUCACCUUUGCCACAGGGAUCUUUCUUAAGACGGAACUGGUCCGCAGGGAAGAGGUGAUGCACAAUAAUGACAUCCACAUUGUGCCCAAUCUGUUGAUUAUGGUGGGUCUGGCAUCUGUGGGCAUCAACAUCUGCGCUGGCAAAGUGUGUCAGGACUCGCUGGAUGCCUCGCGAUUUCCACGCUGGAAGAACAUCCUCAUUCCUUUCUUUUGCAUUUCUUUCUUAUUCACCUCCAUGCUGCUGGUGGCCAUGAUCAUGAGCUAUGCCCUGCAGCCCAGCCUGGAGGAGUCUCUGAAGGUGGGCCUGAAGAACGGCAUCCGCUUUUACAAGGAUACGGACACACCAGGCCGAUGCUUCCAGAAGGAGACCAUUGACCGUCUCCAGAUGGAGUUCCAGUGCUGUGGCAACACCAACUACAGGGACUGGUUUGAGGUGCAGUGGAUCAACAACCGUUACCUGGACUUUACCUCCAAAGAAGUGAAAGAUCGUGUGAGGAGUAACGUGGAUGGUCGCUACCUGUUGGAUGGAGUUCCGUUCAGUUGCUGUAAUCCAGCCUCCCCGAGGCCCUGCAUCCAGUACCAACUCCUGGAUAACUCAGCCCAUUUCAAUUAUGAGUACCAGUCUGAGGAGCUGAACCUGUACAACCGCGGCUGUCGUCAGGCUCUGGUCAGCUACUACAUGAGCCUGAUGAACACAAUCGGGCCUGCAGUCAUGUCUGUCUUCCUCAUUCAGAUGACUGUGCUGCUCAGCCUGCGCUUCCUUCAGACAUCCAUGGAGGCUGUAGAGGGCCAGGAGAACGUGGAGAUCGAGACAGAGGGAUACAUUCUGGAAAAGGGAGUAAAGGAGACCAUCAUGGAGCUGAAAGAAAAGGUCAAGAACAUCUUAAACCAAGUGAAGGUGGAUGCUGCCCCAUCCCAGGCUGAGCCAACAGAGGAAGAGGCAGGAGAGAAGGAGGCCACACCAGCCAGUUAAAGGCUAGAGACUGGUUGACCAAAAAGUUUAAAACAGAGUAUGAUUCGGGACAAAAUCAUAUGCACAACUCUUACUUAUUUUAUAUUAUUAUUAAAUACCAGCUAAUGUGUUAUAUAAUUCUUAAAUGCCACCUUUCUUGCCAUUAUUUGAUGAAAAAGUACCUCUUAAAAUAUAAAAAUCAAUAAGUCCUGAUAAUAUACUCCUGCCCAUCAAAUGUUAACUUUUAAAUCACAAACAUCUGUGAAGAUGUAUUGAUGAAUGUAAAGUAAACCAUAAUGUUUUACAUUGGUAUUUUGAGAGUGUAUAUGAAACUGCAUGCUGUUUGUAGUCCUUCCUUCUGCUUCAUGCGUGGCUAUAAAGAUAUCAGAAUAGAGCAAUUGCAAAAGAAGCGUGAGACAAAUAAAGAUUUGAGUUUGUAUCUGC